GUGUGCUGAACAAAAUGGCAGCGGCCGAGAGCAGCUCGAUAGAAGUUGGCCAAGACGAAGAGAGCUUAGACAUCCCUGAGCUGAACCUCGGAGUUCUGGAUCUGACGUCGGAUGAGUUCAUUCUGGACGAGGUGGAUGUUCAUAUUCAACAGAAUCUCGAGGAUGACGUGGUGAAAGCAGCCUUGGAAUCUGGAGUGGAUCUCCGGCAGUACUCCAAGCAGAUCGAAUCUGAGCUUCAAGCUGUCGAGAAUGCCUCCAUCCAGGACUACAUCAAAGAGAGCCAGAAUAUUGCCAGUCUUCACAACCAGAUUUCAGCCUGUGACACAAUACUGGAGAGGAUGGAGGAGAUGCUGAACGGGUUCCAGUCAGACCUGGGCAGUCUGAGUGCCGAGAUCCAGACGCUGCAGAACCAGUCCAUCGCCAUGAACAUCAAGCUGAAGAACCGGCAGGCGGUGCGGGGCGAGCUCAGCCAGUUUGUGGACGAGAUGGCUGUCCAGGAAACCAUGAUCAACCACAUCCUGGACACCCCGGUCACGGAACGCCAGUUCCUGGAACAACUCCACGAGUUGAACCAUAAGAUCAGCUUCGUCAAGGAGCAAUCCUUCAAAGAUGCUCUAUCCUGCAAGGACGUGCAAGACAUCCUGGAUAAGUUGAAACUCAAGGCUAUUGCAAAGAUCCGGGAAUUCCUUCUUCAGAAGAUUAACCAGAUGAGGAAACCGAUGACGAACUACCAGCUACAGCAAAACACGAUGCUGAAAUUCAGGUUUUUCUUUGAGUUCUUACUGUCCAACGAGAGGCAGGUCGCCAAGGAGGUUCGAGACGACUACGUAGACACCAUGAGCAAAGUGUACUACUCAUAUUUCAAGGGCUACAUCAGCAGGCUCAUGAAGCUACAGUACGAUGAGGUAGCCGACAAAGAAGAUUUGAUGGGCGUGGAAGACACGGCCAAGAGAGGAUUCUUCUCCAAGCCCUCCCUGAAAAACAGGUCCACCGUCUUCACGCUGGGGAACAGGGGAAGCAUCAUCACCACCAACCUGGAGUCACCGAUCAUCAUUCCACACGCGGCACAGAAAGAUGAAGCCAAGCACACGUUUGAGAGUCUUUGCCGCAGCCAGCAUUACGCCCUGCUCGACAACUGUUGCCGGGAGUAUUUGUUUGUUUGUGAUUUCUUCAUGGUUUCCGGCUCCAGUGCACAGGACCUGUUCAAUGCCAUCAUGGGCAAGACAUUGUCCAUGUUCUUGAAACACAUGGACAUGUACACCAAUGAAUGCUUCGAUUCCAUCGCCAUCUACCUGUGCAUUCACAUCAUCCUGAGGUAUCGAAUGCUGAUGCACAAGCGGGCUGUCCCUGCACUGGACAAGUACUGGGAGACCCUCUUAGAGAUGCUGUGGCCUCGGUUUGAGUACAUCCUAGAGCUGAACAUCCACAGCAUCCGGGAGGCCGACCCGCAGAAGAUGGGCUCCAUUGACAUCAGGCCUCACUAUAUUACCCGUCGUUAUGCCGAGUUCUCUGGCGCCAUAGUCAGCUUGAAUGAGACCUUCCCAGAUGAGCGAGUCAACCGUCUGCUGGCCCGGCUGAUGGCCGACGUGGAGAACUUCAUCCUGAGGAUGGCGGCCGAGUUCCCUGAACGAAAAGAGCAGCUCAUCUUUCUCAUCAAUAACUACGACAUGAUGCUCAAUGUCAUCAAUGAGCGGACAGCAGAGGAUUCUCGUGAGUCGGACAGCUUCCGACAGCUCUUAGAGGCCCGCACGCAGGAGUUUGUGGAGGAGGUCCUUCUGCCGCACUUUGGUGGAAUGAUAAUGUUCGUUAAGGAUGCCGAGUCUAGGCUAGAACGAGGACAGGCCGACCAGAUGAAGAGCCAAGAACGUCGCGUGGAGCAGUUGGUGAGGGACUUUGGCAGUUCCUGGAAGCCGGCCCUGGAGAUGAUCAACCAAGACGUCAUGCGGUCCUUCACUAACUUCAAGAACGGAACCACCAUCCUGCAGAACUGCUUGACCCAGCUGAUUCAGUACUACCACCGUUUCCAGAAGGUCCUCUCCCAGCCCCCCUUCAAGAACAUGGCGGUGCGCGGCGAGCUCAUCAACAUCCACCACCUCAUGGUAGAGGUCAAGAAAUUCAAGCCGGCCUUCUGAUAACCAAUUCCAGGUGCUGGCUUAUUCCACGACUCACACAUUUCAAGUUUGAGAACUAAUUGAUAGAUUCCAGGCUUCCUUUUUGGGUGGGAGCCAUUCGGGCCGUUCGCCUUGCCCACCAAACAUUUCAUUGAAGGUAUGCCCCUGCCAAAGGGGGUCUUGGGGCUUCACCCUCACCCCUACCCCUUCGGAAAAAAACCCCAAAUUGUCGGCCCUCCACCCCCUGCCUACCCCCCCCCCCAAAUUUGUAAGCCCCCAACUCUGCGGCAUUCUUGGGCAAGUCAUGCAGAAUUCUGUGCCUUUUGGGGGGGGGCUCUGUAUCAAAAACAGGUGGUUCACAAUGCAGUGGGACACCACGAGGUUGCCACCAGAGAGCCUUUCUACAGUGCAUUGUGGCAAAUCAGUCAACAAAGUUCUAUUCAUCAGCUGCACUGUACGCAGGGAAGUUGAAUUUUGUACCUCCAACGUUGGAAUGUACCUCCAACGGCUGGUAGGCCUAUAAAGUGGGAGGGGCAAAAUAACUACCUUUUCAAAGGUGGGGGGGACACCAGCCCCCAUCAUCUGCUGCUUAUGUGCAUUAUUAUCACAUGAAAAGAAUUGUUGGAUACUCGGAAAAUACCCCACAGAUGCAUUGCUAUAUCGAAUUUUGCCUCUGAGAAAACGUCUAGACAAGGUGCCUUUAACUUUGUCAACUUAAAAGGACAUCAGAACACCUUCAUCUAGGUGUAUUAAAAUGAGACUUUCUUUUCAGCAAACGAGUUUCAUCGAUUAUGUGAAUCACUGUAAAAAGUACCAUCGCGUUAACAUUUGAAGUGUGUAAAUAUUGAUGUCUUAUUAUCAUCUCAUUGGUAACAAAUGCAAUAGUGAAACCAGCUAUUUAAUCAUAACAUUUUGUGUAUUUCGAUUGUAAAAAACAAUUGUGAAUAUAUCAAAAGGACAUUGCAUCA